CAUAAUAUUAGAAGACGGUGCUCCAUUAUCUGCUCCAUUUGAAGGAAUGAGAGGAUGUCUAGAGGACUCGAAUAUGAAAAUAAACAGAAACCUGAAAGAAAUAUUACGUUCCCAAGCCACAUCGAAUUUAAUAUUGCAAGAUAUAAAAGAACGAAUGCAUCGAAUUGAAGAUGUUAUGAGAAAUCAAGCUCCGGUUUUAACGAAGAGCAGCGAGGAUAGUCUUAUUGCUGAACUAUUACCCUUACAAACGAUAGAAGCCAUACGUAAUUUUGAUUUGCUGUUGCACAACACCAACGAAGCAGUGACGCAAUUUAAACAAUUUCUGUUAAGGAUUGGUGGAAAUAAUCCUCGCGAUAUUAUUCAUCGCAUUCUUUCCAAAAUAUUUUUCCAACGAAUGUGCGAUAAAUUGUUCAUGGAAAGGCAUCCGUAA